UUGCUUGGUUUACUUUUCCAAGCAGGGGCCAGGGCCAAGAAGUGAGGAGUGGACUUUCCAGAGCAAGAGGGAGAGCUUGAACAGGAGAGAGGGUAGAGGAGGUGGAGGAAUAGAGAAGGUCUCACAUGGACAUCUAAGAGACCGAAGGAUUGUGAAUUUGGGUUUUUUUUGUAACUGGCUGUUUGACUAUUAGGAAUUUUAUUUUUUGGAUUCCAAAAUGGAUACAGGCAAAGGGCCUGCCCUGGCCUCGUUCAUCAUGAACGAAGAGGAGCUGAAGAGGAAGCAGCGGGAGAAGCUAAAGAAACUGCAGGCCACUGGAGGAAACCCUCGGCCCGCUCGCUCCCUCUUCUUCUUCACUCUCAAAAACCCCUUUCGCAAGAACUGCAUUAACAUUGUGGAGUGGAAACCCUUUGAGAUCAUCAUUCUCCUCACUAUCUUUGCUAACUGUGUGGCUCUGGCCGUGUUUCUCCCAAUGCCAGAGGAUGACACUAACUCUACCAACUCUACCUUGGAAAGCCUGGAAUAUAUAUUUUUGAUCAUUUUCACUCUGGAGUGCUUCAUGAAGAUAAUAGCGUAUGGGUUUCUAUUUCAUGAAGGCGCAUAUUUACGGAACUGUUGGAACAUAUUGGACUUUGUCAUCGUGUUCAUGGGGCUUUUUACCCUUGCGGUUGACACCAUCAAUGCAAUAGCUGGUGUUCCCACAGAGAAAGGAGGUGGCUUCGAUAUGAAGGCUCUUCGAGCGUUUCGAGUCCUGCGACCACUUCGUCUUGUCUCUGGAGUUCCCAGCUUGCAAGUGGUUAUGAACUCUGUUUUGAAAGCAAUGCUGCCCCUGUUCCAUAUCGCUCUGCUUGUCUUCUUCAUGGUCACCCUUUAUGCUAUAAUGGGUUUGGAGCUGUUUAAAUGCAAGAUGCACAAGACGUGCUACUACGAAGGCACAGACAUUAUUGCCUUAAGGGGUAAUGAAGCACCAUCACCUUGUGCCCAGGCUGGAAAUGGACGCCGCUGCACCAUUAAUGGCACACAGUGUAGGUCUGGAUGGCCAGGACCCAACUGGGGGAUCACCCAUUUUGAUAAUUUUGGCUUUGCCAUGCUCACAGUGUUUCAGUGUAUCACAAUGGAGAGUUGGACUAAUGUGCUCUACUGGGUCAAUGAUGCUAUUGGCAACGAAUGGCCGUGGGUCUACUUCGUGUCCAUGAUUCUGCUUGGUUCUUUUUUUGUCCUCAAUCUGGUUCUUGGCGUCCUCAGUGGGGAGUUUAGUAAAGAAAGAGAGAAAUGUAGGUCCAGAGGGGAAUACCAGAAGUUACGAGAGCGAGAGCAAAUGGAUGAAGAUCUGAAAGGUUACAUGGAAUGGAUUACACAUGCUGAAAUUCUGGAUGCUGAUCAGGAAGGAUUAGGUCUCCUUCCUCUAAAGGACAGUGGUUCAGAGACAGACAGUCUUUAUGGAAAAGAGGGUUUAAGCCGUGUAGUGUAUUACUUUCGCCUUGCUCGUCGCUAUAAUCGCGUCUUACGGAGGAAGUGUACUGCUUGGGUGAAGUCCAAGGUGUUCUACUGGCUAGUGAUCCUGGUUGUGUUACUCAACACUCUUGCCAUUGCCUGCGAACAUCACCCCCAGUCUGAAUGGAUGACCCAGUUUGAAGAUACCGUCAACAAGAUACUACUCUCCUGCUUCGCAAUCGAGAUGAUCAUGAAAAUGUACGCUUUUGGCCUGCGAAUGUAUUUCAUGUCGAUCUUUAACCGUUUCGACUGUUUCGUUGUUACUGUGGGUAUACUGGAGAUCAUCCUGGUCUCAGCAAAUGUGAUGACAUCACUGGGUAUCUCUGUGAUGAGAUGUAUUCGGCUCCUACGUCUGAUGAAGGUUACAAAGUACUGGACAUCUCUAAGCAGCCUUGUAGCCUCUCUGAUAAACUCAAUCCGUUCCAUCGCCUGCCUACUCCUCCUGCUCUUCCUCUUCAUUGUUAUCUUCUCUCUCCUGGGAAUGCAAGUGUUUGGAGGGAAAUUCAACUUCCCCGACAGGCCCUUGCAGCGCAGCAACUUCGACAACUUUCCCCAGGCUCUCAUUAGUGUGUUUCAGGUCCUGACUGGGGAGGAGUGGGAUUCCAUCAUGUACAAUGGUAUUAUGGCUCAUGGUGGACCAACUUUCCCAGGAAUUCUCGUCUGCAUCUAUUUCAUCAUCCUGUACGUCUGUGGAAACUUCAUCCUCUUGAAUGUGUUCUUGGCCAUUGCUGUGGAUAACCUGGGUGAAGCUGAAAGUCUUUCGUCAGCUCAAAAAGAAAGGGAGGAGGAGAAAGCUAGAAAGAAGCUCAUGAGAGGAGCGAUGUCACAGAAGAGUGAUGAAGAAAAGGCUUUGGUGAUCAAGAGCAAACAUAAGGCUGAAGGAAUGCCUACGACAGCAAAACUUAAAGUGGAUGAAUUUGAAUCAAAUGUGAAGGAAGUGAAGGACCCGUUUCCUCCUGCUGAUUUUCCAGGUGACGAUGAGGAGGAAGAGCCUGAGAUUCCUAUCAGUCCAAGGCCCCGACCUAUGGCUGAUCUUCAGCUUAAAGAGACAGUGGUUCCUAUGCCUAAUGCCAGCUCCUUCUUCAUCUUUGGCCCAGAGAACAAGUUCCGUAAGCUGUGCCACAGGGCUAUCAACGCGACCCCCUUCACCAACUUCAUCCUUCUUCUCAUUCUUCUCAGCAGCAUUUCUCUGGCUGCUGAAGAUCCCAUCGACCCCAAAUCCUUUAGAAACAAGAUCUUGGCGUAUGCUGAUAUUGUCUUCACAACAGUCUUCACCAUUGAGAUUGUCCUUAAGAUGACUGUAUAUGGUGCUUUCCUGCAUAAGGGCUCCUUCUGCCGAAACUCCUUCAACAUUCUGGAUCUCAUUGUUGUUGUGGUUUCCCUCAUGUCUAUGGGAAUGGAGUCCAGUGCUAUCUCUGUGGUGAAGAUUCUCAGGGUGUUGAGAGUUCUAAGGCCACUACGGGCCAUCAAUAGAGCCAAAGGAUUAAAGCAUGUGGUCCAGUGUGUGUUUGUGGCCAUCAAAACCAUCGGCAAUAUUAUUUUGGUCACCAUGCUUUUAAACUUCAUGUUCUCUUGCAUCGGAGUCCAACUCUUCAAGGGCAAGUUAUACUCUUGUACAGAUCCACUGAAGUUGACUGAGGAGGAAUGUCAGGGGAAUUAUUUGCAUCAUGUGCAGAACAGUCUCCAUGACACCGAGGUCCGUCGGCGAGAGUGGGUCAACAGUGACUUUAACUUUGACAAUGUACUCAAUGGCAUGCUCACACUCUACACUGUCUCCACGUUUGAAGGCUGGCCAGAGUUGCUCUAUAGAGCUAUAGACUCAGACUCGGAGGACAGGGGCCCGAUUUAUAACAACCGUGUGGACAUUUCCGUCUUCUUCAUCAUUUACAUCAUCAUCAUCGCUUUCUUUAUGAUGAACAUCUUUGUCGGCUUUGUUAUCGUCACUUUCCGAGAGCAAGGAGAGCAGGAGUACAAGGAUUGUGAGCUGGACAAGAACCAGCGACAAUGUGUACAAUAUGCGUUAAAAGCUCGGCCUCUCCGCUGCUACAUCCCUAAGAACCCUGUCCAGUACCAGUUCUGGUACCUGGUGACCUCGUGCUACUUUGAGUACCUCAUGUUCUUCCUCAUCAUACUCAACACAUUGUGUCUAGGAAUGCAGCACUGUAAUCAGUCCGACCACGUAACCAAACUGUCAGACACUCUAAAUGUCAUCUUCACGGUCCUUUUUACGAUUGAGAUGAUCGUCAAACUUAUUGCAUUCAAAGCAAAGGGUUAUUUUGGAGACCCUUGGAACGUGUUUGAUUUCCUCAUCGUGGUCGGGAGCAUCGUAGAUGUCGUCCUCAGUCAGGUUGAUGCUGCUUUGGAGUCGAGCGGUGGACUGUACUGCCUCCACGGCUGUGCUGAAACAAACCCAUUGCAGGCCAUUGCUUAUGAAGAAAAUGCCCGAGUCUCAAUCACCUUCUUCCGACUCUUCCGUGUCUUGCGUCUGAUAAAGCUGCUUAACCGCUCGGAGGGCAUUCGCAACCUGUUGUGGACCUUCAUAAAGUCCUUCCAGGCAUUCCCUCAUAUAGCUCUGAUCAUAGUAAUGCUUUUCUUUAUCUAUGCUGUCAUAGGGAUGCAGGUGUUCGGUAAAAUUGCCCUAGUAGACGGCACUGAGAUCAACCGAAACAACCAUUUCCAGACAUUCCCACAAGCCAUUCUGCUACUGUUUCGGUGUGUUACGGGAGAAGGCUGGCCGAAAGUCAUGCUGGCCUGUAUGUCUGGGAAAAUGUGUGAUCCAAAUUCAGAGCAUGGCUCAGGUCCAGAAGCGCAGUACAGCUGUGGAACUAACUUUGCCGUCUUUUAUUUUCUGAGUUUCAACAUGUUGUGUGCCUUUUUGAUUAUUAAUUUGUUUGUGGCUAUCAUUAUGGACAACUUUGACUACCUGACACGUGAUUGGUCAAUCCUUGGUCCACACCAUCUGGAUGAGUUCAAGAAGAUCUGGGCCGAAUAUGACCCUGAAGCAACGGGGCGAAUUAAACAUCUGGAUGUAGUAACUCUUUUACGAAGGAUCCAGCCACCACUGGGAUUUGGGAAAUUCUGCCCUCACCGAUCAGCCUGCAGGCGAUUAAUUUCCAUGAACAUGCCUUUGAACAGCGAUGGAACAGUCACCUUUAAUGCCACAUUGUUUGCCUUAGUCCGAACAGCUUUGAAGAUUAAAACUGAAGGCAACUUCGAACAGGCUAAUGAAGAGCUAAGAGCCAUUAUUAAGAGCAUCUGGAAACGGAUUAGCAUGAAACUCUUGGACCAGGUCCUUCCACCUAUUGGAGAUGAUGAGGUCACCGUCGGGAAGUUCUACGCCACCUUCCUGAUUCAGGAGUACUUCCGUAAAUUCAUGCAGCGCCAGGAGGAGUACUACGGUUACCGGCCUACCAAAAAAAAAAGCGCAGCUGAGAUACAGGCGGGUCUGCGCAGCAUUGAGGAGGAGGCUGCCCCUGAGCUCCACAGAGCCAUCUCAGGAGACCUUAUAGCUGAGGAUGAGAUGGAAAGAGCCAUGGCAGGAGGAGAGGAGGGCAUCUACAGGAGAACUGGGGGUUUGUUUGGGACCAACCCAGACCCUUUUUCAUCAGAACCCAGUAGCCCUACAACUGCACAGACCAGCCAACGCCCCCUGCAGUUCUCUGAGAGUCGCCCGGAAGAUGUGGAGUCUCCCCCUGACUCUGUGUUUCUCCCCAACCCCGAGUUCUUCCCUGAAACACCGACCAGAGCAAACAUGACCAACAACAAUGCCAACUUUACAGAUGAUUUUAUAUUUGAAAGAGAGUCACCAUUCGGUGUUGGUGCUAGAAGCCAAUCCAUUGAAGAUAUCAGAGAUGCUGAAGACAGACGGCGGACAGAUUUUACUGUAAGGACUGACAUCACUCAGUUUCCUUAUGAUCCUACAUACGGUGAAAAAGAAUCUUCAUCAGCAAGUGACAAACUCAUCCAACAGGCACUGAGAAAUGGUGGCCUGGAGACUCUGGCUGACGACCCCAAGUUUGUUGCUGUGACUAAGAAGGAGAUGGCAGAGGCCAUGGACAUCAGUGUGGGCGACAUGGAGGGAGCUGCUCAGGACCUUCUGAAUGAAAAGGGAAAAGAAAAAAUAGUGAGACGUAAAAGACGUCCCAUUCCAGUUCCACCCAGCGCCAAACCCGCCAAAUCAAACGAAGACACCACUGCAGUGUAGGACGUUAUGAUCUGUCCAUGUGUUUCAUAAUUGUCCUGACGAGGACGAUUUAAAUACACUUGUUUCACAUCCUCAUAUGCCUAUUUCACAUGUUCUUGAAACAAAAUGAAUUAAAUAGCUCUAACAGGCAAAGCAAGAAACCAUGUGAGUGUAGUUUUGCCUAAGUGAGGUGUGGCAUUGUGUCCAUUUGCUCCUUUUUCAUAGAGUGGAUUUUAUUUUCAUAGGACACAGUAAAGAGUAAGUGGGACAAAAGACAUACUUGUUUAUUUCAUUGCUGUGAGACAGACGAGUUCAGACGAGAAACAGGUCUUCGUCUGGCCGGUAAUGUUUUAAACUUUUGAAUUCAGUCAUGUCAUUUCAGAGAAUUAUCUGUGAUAAGGAAAUUUUCCAGGUUAAGGAAUCAGAAGUAUUAACAUUUAUGAAUGUUAAUACUAUAAUUAAAUGAUUUAAGUAGGGAUUUAUGACAAAAAAAGUAGUACUUUGCAAAAAAUUGUCUAUGAGAGAUUCGCUAAUGUGAAGACAUAUAUAUAGAUAGAAAUCAAUUCAAUCAUCUUAAAAUUUAAAUGUCCUGCCUUUGCAUCAGUUUUCAUAUUUAAAUUGUUGCACAGUUUUAAUUAGAAAUUGGCUUUCAUGAUUAUUUUUUUUACAGGGCUUAUCUCGCUCACAUCUUUCUAUCCAGACUGAUUUCUUGUGUUACUUUAUUUAAAUAUAUACACAGACUAAAUGUUUCUGUAACGUAUAUUUUGUAAAAAAAAAAUUAUAAUUAUAAUUUUGGCACUUUAUUUCAGUUUGAUGUUUUACACAUAAACACUUGUCAAUUCUUUUUUUUUAAUAGGAGGCUAAGACUUUUGUACAGUACUGGAUGUUAAAUACACUCAUCCAGCAUUAACAUGAAAAACAAAAUGAAAUGUUGACUCGACCACAUGCACGUACAUGAGAAUACUUCCGAUGAAGGUUUACUGAUGUUAGAUGAUGUGUGAAUGGUAGCUGCGGUAGUGAUUUCGAAUGCAGUGAUCACUGAGACACUGGAUUUACUUAUGAUUUAAUUAAGUUACUGCAGCAACUGUGAGUACUAGAGGAAAUGUAUUUUAUUUUAAAGUGCUGUCUGGCAUGGCAGUAGGAAAAGGUUCUUUUCCUUUUUUUGUUUAAAGAUUUUUUUGUUCUUGUUUUGGGGUUUUUUUGAAAGGAAAAAACAAAAAAACAGAUGUAUAUCCACAAAGAGGUAUGAAAGAUUUCAGCUAUUGUAUUGCAUAGAUGGUUUAUGAUUUCUAUAGACAUAGAACAAAAAUUCUGAUGCUGCAAAAGUGAUUUUAUUAAGCUUGUUAGUUUAGAACCUUCUAAAUCUGUACGCUAGAGAUUAUUUUCCUGUUACAGUAUAUGUUUGCUGCUCCUGUAUUGACCACAGACUGGACUCAGAGAAGACUGUAUUGUCUGUACCUACAGUACAUCAUAAACUUACAAAAGGAGAAUCAUGACUACUGAAAUAGAGCCUCGGUUCUCCUCAUUCUGAUUUGGCCUUUAAAACAUUUUUCCUCAAAUAAUUUCUUAACUGUAUCUCUCGGUGUAUAUUAAUUUCAUUUAUAUACGCUAUUUAUUACACACAAUAUUAAAAUGUUCAGGUACACCAAAGUAUUAUCAGGUUAAUCUCACCAUGGAUUCUGUAAAGAAAAAAGAUUAAAUAAGUAAAGGAGCAAUUUUUAAUAUAUUAA